UUCCGCCGCGGCUCUUCUUCCUGCUGCGUCCCGGAGCCGUGCGCCCUGGGGCUCUGAACCCCGCGUCCCCGGAGCCGUGCGCCCCGGAGCCACCGCCUCGCGACCCUGCAGUCCCCGCGCACCCCGGCACCAUGGCCGCCCCCGACCUGUCCACCAACCUCCAGGAGGAGGCCACCUGCGCCAUCUGCCUCGACUACUUCACCGACCCGGUGAUGACCGACUGCGGCCACAACUUCUGCCGCGAGUGCAUCCGGCGCUGCUGGGGCCAGCCCGAGGGCCCGUACGCCUGCCCUGAGUGCCGCGAGCUGUCCCCGCAGAGGAACUUGCGGCCCAACCGCCCGCUCGCCAAGAUGGCCGAGAUGGCGCGGCGCCUGCACCCGCCGUCGCCCGUCCCGCAGGGCGUGUGCGCCGCGCACCGCGAGCCGCUGGCCGCCUUCUGCGGGGACGAGCUGCGCCUGCUGUGUGCCGCCUGCGAGCGCUCGGGGGAGCACUGGGCGCACCGCGUGCGGCCGCUGCAGGACGCCGCCGAUGACCUCAAGGUGAAACUGGAGAAGUCCCUGGAGCAUCUUCGCAAACAAAUGGAGGAUGCUCUGCUGUUCCAGGCCCAGGCUGAGGAGACCUGUGCCCUGUGGCAGAAGAUGGUGGAGACCCAGCGACAGAAUGUGCUGACGGAGUUCGAGCGGCUGCGCCGGCUGCUGGCAGAGGAGGAGCAGCGGCUGCUGCAGCGGCUGGAGGAGGAGGAGCUGGAGGUGCUGCCCCCGCUGCGGGAGACAGCGGCCCGGCUGGGGCAGCAGAGCGCCCAGCUGGCUGAGCUCAUUACCGAGCUGGAGGAGCGCUGCCAGCUGCCCGCGCUGGGGCUGCUGCAGGACAUCAGAGAUACCUUGCACAGGGUCCAGGACGUGAAGCUGCAGCCGCCCGAGGUGGUGCCCAUGGAGAUGCGGACGGUAUGCAGGGUCCCAGGGCUGGUGGAGGCCCUGCGGAGGUUCCGAGGGGAUGUGACCCUCGAUCCUGACACUGCCAACCCUGAGCUGCUCCUGUCGGAGGACAGGAGGAGCGUGCGGCGGGGGGACCUGCGGCAGGCCCUGCCUGACAGCCCCCAGCGCUUCGACCCUGGGCCGUGCGUGCUGGGCUGUGAGCCCCUCACCUCGGGCCGGCACUACUGGGAGGUGGAGGUGGGCGAACGGGUCAGCUGGGCCCUGGGCGUCUGCAGGGAGAACGCCAACCGCAAGGAGAAGGGUGAGCUGUUCGCCGGCAACGGCUUCUGGAUCCUGGUGUUCCUGGGCAGCUGCUACACCUCCUCAGAGCGUGCCUUUGCUCCCCUGCGAGACCCGCCCCGCCGCGUGGGCGUCUUUUUGGACUACGAGGCCGGGCAUCUGUCCUUCUACAGUGCCACUGAUGGCUCACUGCUGUAUGCCUUCCCCGAGACACCAUUCUCAGGGACUUUGCGGGCACUUUUCUCCCCUUUGUCCAGCAGCCUGACCCCUAUGACCAUCUGCAGGCUGAAAGGUGGGCCUGGCGAUGUGCUGGCUCCCCAUUGAACGGGCCUGGCACUGGGUCUUGGAGCCCCUUGGAAAACCUGGGCCAAGGGUGUGUGUCCUCAGGGCCCCAGGAAGCAGGCAUAGUGCUUCUGGGGUGUACAUAGCAAAACCAAACUCUGUUACCAUCACUCCUCGGAAGCUCUGUGCAGGGCUGGCUAUGUCCUCUACCGGGGGGACUCUCCAGGCCUUCAUGUGUCAAAACCUCAUUCCCCAGCAUAUAGCUGCCCCGAGCCAGGGUCUGAGGUGCAGCACCUGCUGAACUUCCUCGGUCUACAGCCUGAGCUGCCAAUGGUCCUGGGCUGAGCUUCAAGAAAGCUGCCUUCUGGAAGUGUGAACUUGCCAGAACUUGCCAGCCUUUCUGGGGUCUGGCCUUCAAACAGGGCUGGAUGUGGUUCCCUGGGAUUAAUUUGGUGCAGUGGGGUCCUCAGGAGAGGCGAGGUGGGAAUGGCCAGAGGAAGGGAGCUGGGUGUAGAGCUGAUCAGUCAAGAGGCUAGGUAAGCAAGAUGUAUGGUCCCCUAAGUGCAGUCCACACAGGGCUUCUGGCAGAUGAUCUCAGCCUGUCUGAAUCUCCCCUCUUUUGCAGAGGUGGAGCUGGCCAGGUCAGUGGGCCUGGAGAUGAGCAUAUGCUUAGAAAUCACUCCUGUGAGCUCACAGCUUCCAUCUGAACAGCACUGAGAAAGAGAGCUGGUGUUGCCUCACAAACACUUUGGGGGCCUGGGGGGCUGUCCCAAGCCCAGAAGCCAGAGUCCCCAGCCCCUGGUUGCUCAUGCCUUUCCUGGGGGAGGAGGCAAGGCUGCAGGGGGCCUCCUAUUUAGUCUUGAAUUCAUUUUUGCUUUAAGUAUUGGCACUUCUCUGCCCUUGUUGAGAAAGUGUGGUGUGGCGUCUCUGCACCCUCCACUUUUAUUUAUUGUAAGGACUGUUCUCAGAGUAAAUAAACUAGCCUUUAUCUCUAA